UGAGCGCAGCAAGAGAAACGUUGCCUUUUUAAUGACGCGACGAAUUCCGAUGAUCGUCAUUCUCGAAUUUCUCCGAAUCAUUCCCACCACAGUUACCGUUUAGCGUUGUGAAUGUGAUAAAUUGCGAGGUAUUACCCGCUCCAUGGCAUCGGCGAUGACGCAGUUUAUCGACGAACUUUCGAGGACACGGACGUGGCCCAGCUAGCUGGCGAAUCGUAACGCUGACAACGAAAGUGCGCGGGCAGUAAAAAUUGGUAAACAAUCGACAAAUUGAAUCUCGAAUUUCACAAAGCGUGAAAGCAGCAACUAUCGCCUCUCAAAUAUCCGACAACAAUGGAGUUUCCAAACUUGGGUGAGCACUGCUCCGAAAAAACCUGCAACCGUCUCCAGUUUUUGCCCCUGAAGUGCGACGCCUGCGAGGCGAUUUUCUGCACCGAUCACAUAUCCUACACCGGUCACGCGUGUCCAAGUGCCUACAAGAAGGACGUACAAGUGCCUGUAUGUCCGCUCUGCAACGCUCCAGUGCCUUCGAAGCGAUCCGAUCCACCCGACCUCGCCGUAAGUCUGCAUAUAGAUAAUGACUGUCAGGCUGACCGUGCCAAGAGCAGGAGGAAAGUAUUCACCAACAAGUGUACGUCCAAGGGCUGUAAAAUCAAGGAAAUUGUCGCGGUCAAGUGCGGGGACUGUGGGAAAAACUUCUGCUUGAAACACCGGCAUCCUUGUGAUCACGCCUGCGUGGGAAAAGAGGAAACCAUGCGUCAGCGGAGACUUGAAGCUCUGAACAAACAAGCCGAGAGUCGAGCCUCGCAGAAUAAUCAAAACGCCAAUUCUAGCCUGUUUAGGAACCUUCAGGGAACUAUAAGCGAGGACGAAGCCUUGGCUAGGGCUCUACAGGCCUCUCUUCAAGACGAAGAAAAUGCCGGGAGGAUCGAGUCUGGUCAAGAGGAAGAGAAUCCGCUCGGGAAUAAAGGCAGAUGCAGGCUCUCCUAGUUCUCUUAUAAUUUAUAAACGCGAUACAAACGUGACGACAAUGAAGAACAGACGUGUUGAAAUCCCUGCAGAAUUACUUGUCAAGUGCUGAAGAUGCGUUUUCUGUUUUUCUACAAUGCAAGGAUUAGGCACAAAAUAUCAAUUGGUAGGGGGGCUCUUAUAGGCUAGGUGAUUAAAAAAUUGGAUAUUUUCAAAAUCCUAUUCUCUAAUUAAGCCUUUUUCGGGAGAAAACUGAAUUUCUGUCUUUUUCCACAUUUAACUAAGCUCUAGUUUUGUAAAUCUGAAUACACAAGAAUUUCGAAGAAAUAUUGAACUAUGUAUCUUUCAUAUCAACUUUUUUUGUCGGUUGCUCUUCGGUACUUUACUUUCACGUCUAAUAUUAAAUCAAGUUUCCUCAAAUAUUAUACAUGAACAUAUCCUUGUUAGAUAUUCUAUCCGAUCAAAAAUUCUAUUUCACUAAGUCUAGUUAUAAACACAAUGGUGUAACAAAUUAAAACCUCAGAUCGCUGUCUAGUGAUUUAUUAAUUACGCAAUUUGCUGUAAAUAAUCUAAAAAUAUUCUACACGUAUGUUAAGAAAAAUCACGUUCCAAACUGCCUCUGUACAUUCGUAAUGAUAAAUAGUUACUAUGAGCUUUAUUGUAAAACAACAAAGAAGAAACGACGUUAUAAAACGAGGAAAAAGUUCUUUACUCGUAAAUUUUCCUCUACUCUUAUCCGUGUAAUAAAUAUUUAUUAUAAA